AUCGAGAAGCACGGCGGUUUGACGUACGAGGCGUUAAAGGAGAUGACGUACAUGAACCAAGUAAUUUGCGAAUCUCAAAGAUGUCACGCAGCUCUAGGUUUCAUGCGUAAAAUUUGCACAGAGGAGUUCCAGUUACAAGGGUCAGAUGGAUUGACCUAUCGCGCGAAACCUGGUGAGCACAUAAUCAUACCCAUCCACGCAUUACAUAACGAUCCAAAGUAUUGGCGCGAUCCAGAAGUUUUCGAUCCGGAACGAUUCGACGAAGAGAGAAAGCAAACUAUACAAAAAAUGACAUUCCUUCCUUUUGGCGAGGGUCCAAGAAUUUGCGUUGGUAUAAAAAUAGCUAUGCUACAGGUGAAGGCGUGUAUAGCUACUUUGCUGCGAAACUACAGAUUGGAAUUAUCACCAAAAACGCAAGUGCCACCGAAAAUAUCGCCGAAGUAUCUUCUGUCGGAAAUAGAUGGUGGUGUUUGGGUACAUAUCUCUAAGCUGUAAUGUUUCUAAAAAUUCAUAAUUAUGUUUAUACAAUACAAAAUUGUACGAAGCCAAAUUAUUAUUCUUGCUAUGUUGGAUAUUUUUGUAUGGAAAUGUAUCUCUAUAUAAGGAAGUAAAAAAAUAAUGUAAUUGUAUACGCCUGUUUUUUGUUCUUUUAAAACACAUGAUAAUAAAAAGAAAUUACCGUGAUUCUAUUAUUGUUGUGUACCUUAUGAUAAUUUAAGAUCUCGUAUUAUAUACAUCUUAUUGCAGCGGAAUAUUUGGCAUUAUCGGAUUAGUAUAGAAAAUGCGUAACGCGAUAUGAGCAUGGAAGACGAAUAAAUAGAAUAAAAUAAAUGAUGAGUA